ACAGCGAAAGAGAUUAUGAGUUCAAUUAAAGAGCGUGCGGUAACAACGCAAGAAUCGACACAUUCUUUAGCAGCAGUUGGUACAAUUGGUCUUCCUUGUGCUGUUUCGGGGCAUAUACCACCAGUGGAAAAUAUUAAAAAAAUUAUCAGAUAUGCUCGACACGGAGAAAUGCCAUUGCAUAAUCCUAGAUGUCUUGAAGAAUUAGUAAUCCCAGAACAGUUUUCAAAAACACUAAAAGAAGAGAAAUUUUUGCUGUAUGACAGUGGAGUGCAGACAGACAGAAUUCUAAUUUUUUCGACCCUCAGAAAUCUGGACUUCAUGGCUGAAUGUCCGAACUGGUUUGCUGAUGGAACUUUUAAAGCAACACCACCGCUUUUCAGUCAGAUUUAUACAAUCCAUGGUGUUAAAUAUGAUAAUGUGAUACCUUCAGUGUAUGUAUUAAUGCCAAACAAACGCGAAGAAACAUACAAUAGAGUGUUUACGGUGAUAAAAUCUUUGAAACCGAAUCUGCAGCCCAAAACUGUAAUGACUGAUUUUGAAAAGGCUGCCAUAAAUGCCUUUAAAAAUUCCUUUCCGAAUAUCAUUCAGAGAGGAUGUUUUUUUCAUUUAAGUUUAAGUCAAUGUGUGUAUAGAAAGGUUCAGUCUGCAGGUUUGCAAAGUAAAUAUGAAACUGAUCCGAAUUUCGUUUUGGAAAUCUCUCAACUUGCAGCUUUGGCUUUCGUUCCUACUUCAGAUGUCAUUGAACCAAUCAUAAAUUAUUUUGAAGACACAUGGAUAAAUUUAAAUUCUAUAAAAAUUGAACAAUACAUUGCAGGUCACCAUCCACCAGUAAGUAGAAAAGUUUACAGAGAUACAUCUCUCAGAAUUCAAAAGAUUGUAAAUGAUUAUAAUGAUCGGCCUAUUUUAGACUAUUUAAGGGGAAUAGCCUACAAUUUUCAACUGCAGGUGUAA